CUGUUACAUCAUAUCAAUAGGUACUGUGCAUUCAAAUAUAUAAACUAUAGAUAUUCUAAACUCUUCCCGGUUUUACUGUAUUGAACUAGGAACGUUAACAGGUUAACGUCAACCCUGGGCUAAUGGUUAAACGGUCGUUCAAAUAACCGGCAGGACGUCAAUCAAGGUCAAGAAUCUUCUGGAAUAUUUUGACUACCUUUUAACUACUAAACAAGCCUUAAAUGGACUGGUUCCACUGUAGCAAGUGCUUCACAAAGAGAGGUUCCUCGUUUGCUGUCACCAGCUGUGGCCACAUCUGCUGUGAAGCAUGCAUUAUAUCAAAUGAGUGCAGCGUGUGUGGAGCCAGCUGCUGUUACCUGACCAUCAGUGAUGAGAUGAAGCCACAGGAAAAGGUGUUUUUUAAGGAGCCGCUGAAGCUGAUGCAGUCACGACUGGAGCACAUCUCACAGAUUGCAGUUUUUCAGCAGAAGCAGAUGGAAAGAAUCAUAAUACACCUCAGGCAUAUGACUGUUGAACUGGAAAGGCGUCUGAAGGAACUCACAGAUAAAGGCUACAGGCAACUUUCCGAGCUGCGGAGAGAAAAUGACGUUUUGAAGAAGCAUAUUUUAGAACUCAAAAAAGAAAACGCUGAAUUGAAGAAGCCUCUUUCUCAGAGGAGGGUUUCUCCAGGGCAUCUUCACAUUGAUGGUGGUCAAAGAAUGACACUACCAGUGGCCAUCACCUCACCAGUGACUCCUCAUUCAAGGACAGGCAGGUGUGUAUUUCAUUCUUUUUAACUGUAUAAAUAAACAAAUCUAGCUGAGGGUAAAUAUGGGAAAUCAUUUUCAAUAUCUCAGUGCUCAAUGUAUGGACAGUCGCUUUGGUUCAGCCGAAUCCCAUGGGACCAGGGACAGACAGCGCAGUCUUUCCUCCCUCACUACUCCUGGAUCUGCUUCGUCCAUUUCCAGCAACAGCUCCGUCCAUGGACAUAUGCAAAGAACGCCCACGUCCUUCAACAACACGACAAGAUCGAGGCGAGGCGGAGCUGACGACCAGGAAGCUCGGGAGGCCCAACUGACUCUCCCACAGUGACGGUGGCGUGGGUGGGAGUGCCAGUCUGGGAAGAGCAGCCCCUGGAUUGGAGGGAGGAGGUGCUUGUUUCAAAGAUCCACACAAGUGGGCUAAAUAUUUUCACCCCAGUCUGCCACCAACAACACCGACCCCCUCCACCCCGUACCUCUGGCACAAGAAUCCUGUUGAUAUCAGAUGGUGUAUUUGCCCAGAUUUAGAUGAAUCCCCGAGUCUCAUUAUACAGAGACCAACAGAAAAUUCACAGUUUAAGUACUUUUCAUGAAGUACAUGUAACUUGUAUAAUCCGCACUUUGGCCUUGGACUGACCUGGCACUCGUGGCCUUCCUGGUCUCAGUCUCAGUCUUUUUAUACUCACUGUGUCAAAACCUCAACACUGACAUUUGUAUUAAUUAAUAUUGUCUCUUGUUGGUAAAUCAAAGUUGACCAGAUCAGCAGCAAAAAUGUAUUUUUAUCCAGGUUAGUCCUUUUUUUGUUCCAUAGUUCCAUUUAAUCAACAUCAAUUGAACACACUGGCGUAAAUACCUGCCUUGGAAAACAUGUUUUUCCUUUGCUGAAUGGUCUGACUUUUUAAACCCCUCCUGCAGUGUAUUUUGGCUCAGCAGGGUGCUGGGCUCCAUACCCUGGGAAACUGUGAAUUUAUCAUUCCUAUAUUCCAGGCCUAGUCACGAAUGCCAAACAAUAAAGACCGACUGACACAAGGCAUCAAAGGAGUCAAAGGAGUCAGAGCCCAAAGGAAGUAGACUAGUCUAACAAACAGUUGUCAGAGAAAUCUUAUGGACUCUCAUAUUAGGCUCUGAUCGUGUAAACAGACCAUACCAGGAUUAGGUACAGAUGUGUCACUGCUAAU